UUUCAAUUUACUACUCAGCAUUACUUUACAAUGGACCCCCGACCCUACCUUCUUCCAUUUCUCUUUCUCUGUCUCUUCUUCAUUCUCUGCUCCCAACUUGCCUCCAUGCCCACCCGCGUCUCCUGCUCCCUCCGCGGCCGCAACACCAACCCUGACGGCGGCGCCGGCGCUGGAAAAAAUGGUGAUCGUCAGAUUACACUCUUCUUCCGCUCCAUCAAACGAACACUUUCUCUGAAUAAGAGCGCUCCUGUGGUGUCACAUAAUAAUCCAGUCGGCAAUGUAGAAGACAUUUCGUGGCGCGUGGUAGUGCCAUUUGUGCUAAACCAACAGCGUUCUCAACCCUCUCAGAUGGUGGUCUAAGUUUUCAUAAAUUAUGUAUCUUUUUCUUUUUUUCUUUUUCAUGUUAGCAAUAAAAUGUAAUGUCUUUAAACUGUUGUUACAACUAUAUUAUUAGGUGCUCUUAUGAACUUUUGUCGACGACCUUUUAUCUGAGAUUGUGUUCGUUGUCUAA